AUGGCUGCGACCGCAGUUGAGGGACACCGACACCUGAACUCAGAGCCGUCCCAGCCAGGAGAACGUGCCGAGCACGACCUGCCGCCGAAGUCCUACGCAGCUGCCGUUACGAAUGGCGCAAAUGGCCAGCUCGGAUCUGAGGGAGACGAACACUCUGCGCUGAAUGGCUCAGCGCAACCUCCGACAGUCCAUGGCCAAAACGGCCGACAGCCACUCGACGAUCAGAAAAUCCUUUACGAGAAGCAUGUGAAUCAUACUGGAGAGAUCUUGACAAGCAUCAAGCCCAGCGACGGCUAUGAAGAUUCUCUUAAACACAAUGGAAUAACCGCGCCACGGGAGAAGAAACGCAAUCGACCACCCAAGCGGCAGGAUGAGCUUGCAAGUGGCCGAAGAGCUGGUGCCGGUUGGCAGACUUCUGCGAUACGGUGGGCACCUCUGAACGUGCCGCUGCAGCGGAGGCUUCAAACCCUCGCCGUCCUGUGGCAUACCACCACCAUCCCUCUGUUCCUCUCCCUAUUCUUCCUCCUCUGCGCCAUCCCUCUUACCUGGCCCCUCCUGAUCCCCUACCUCAUCUACACUCUCAUCAUCAGUGAAGAAGCCACCAACGGCACCCUCUCACGAAGAUCACAAUGGAUGCGCGGCUCGAAAUUCUGGUCGCUAUUCGCAUCCUACUUCCCCGCUCGCUUGCACCGCACCGUCGAGCUCGAGCCGACAAGGAAAUACAUUUUUGGAUACCAUCCGCACGGGAUCAUCUCCCACGGCGCAUUUGCUGCGUUUGCCACUGAGGCCUUGGGAUUUUCCGAUCUGUACCCGGGCAUCACGAAUACCCUGUUGACCCUUGACACAAAUUUCCGAGUUCCGUUCUAUCGCGACUAUGCCUUGGCCAUGGGCCUAGCUUCAGUAUCGCGCGAGUCCAUCGAGAACAUCCUGUGCAAAGGAGGAUUGAAUGGCGAGGGCAUGGGUCGGGCAGUAACAAUUGUCAUCGGUGGUGCCCGCGAAUCUCUCGACGCAAAGCCUCACUCGCUCCGUCUGGUCCUGAAAAGCAGAAAGGGAUUCAUCAAACUCGCAAUACGUACUGGUGCCGAUCUUGUCCCUGUCCUCGCCUUUGGCGAAAAUGAACUUUACGAUCAAAUUGACAGCGUCGAACACCCGUGGAUCCACAAGUUCCAAAUGCUGGUCAAAAAGUUCAUGGGGUUCACCAUCCCACUCUUCCACGCGCGAGGCAUAUUCAACUACGACGUAGGAUUACUGCCCUACAGGAGGGCGGUCAAUGUUGUAGUGGGAAGACCGAUCCGUAUCGUGCAACAAGGGACCAAGGAUAAUAAUGUCGAUGAGAAAUAUCUGGAUCAGGUACACAAGGAGUAUGUGGCAGAGUUGAUCAGGCUUUGGGAUGGAUACAAAGACCUUUUUGCACAAGACCGGCAAGGUGAGUUGGAAAUUGUGGGCUAG